UUCAAACUUCCGGUUCUGUCAUGGGGAUAUUGUGGUGUGUCUGAUAAAAGAAAUAAAAAAUAACCCCAUCAACAUCGGAAUUUGAGGAUUAACUGGUUGAAAAUAGCAAAGGAAUCAUUAUUUAUACGGAUAAUUCAAGUGGCCCAUCGCGGCUCGCACCCGGCCGGCCAUGGCGGCGCAUAAACCCGUGGAAUGGGUUCAGGCCGUAAUUAGUAGAUUCGACGAGCAGCUUCCAGUCAAAGUGGGCCAACAGAACACUCACACCAAAGUCAGCACAGAGCACAACAAGGACUGUCUGAUACACAUCUCCAAGUACAAGUUCUCACUGGUCAUCAGUGGCCUCACAAACAUACUGAAGAAUGUGAACAACAUGCGAAUAUUUGGGGAGGCUGCGGAGAAGAACCUGUAUCUCUCUCAGCUCAUCAUCCUGGACACACUGGAGAAGUGCCUUGCUGGGCAACCGAAGGACUGUAUGCGUCUGGAUGAGACCAUGCUGGUGAAACAGCUGCUGCCAGAGAUCUGUCAUUUCAUCCACACGUACCGCGAGGGCCACCAGCAUGCCGCCGAGCUCCGUAGCUCCGCCUCCGGGGUCCUCUUCUCCCUCAGCUGCAACAACUUCAAUGCCGUGUUCAGCCGCAUCUCCACCAGGUUGCAGGAGCUCACCGUGUGUUCGGAGGACACAGUGGAUGUCCAUGACAUCGAGCUCAUCCAGUACAUUAAUGUGGACUGUGCCAAGCUAAAGAAACUGCUACAAGAGACAGUGUUUAAAUUCAAAGCCCUCAAGAAGCCUGCCCAGCUAAGUGUCAUCAACAGCUUAGAGAAGGCCUUCUGGAACUGGGUGGAGAACUACCCUGAUGAGUUCACCAUGCUGUACCAGAGGCCACAGACAGACAUGGCUGACUGUGCAGAGAAGCUGUUUGACCUGGUGGACAGUUUUGCUGAGAGUGCCAAGAGGAAGGCAGCCGUGUGGCCACUGCAGAUCAUCCUCCUCAUCCUCUGUCCCGACAUCACACAGGACAUCUCCAGAGAGACUGUAGAGGACACCAAGGUCAAUAAGAAACUGUUCCUGGAGAACCUGAGGAAGGCCCUGGCCGGCCACGGGGGCAGUAAACAGCUGACUGAGAGUGCUGCCAUCGCCUGUGUCAAACUCUGCAAGGCCUCCACCUACAUCAACUGGGAGGACCACUCUGUCAUCUUCCUCCUGGUGCAGUCCAUCGUAGUGGACCUUAAGGCCCUGCUCUUCAACCCAGCCAAGCCUUUCUCCAGAGGGGCGGGAAGCCAGAACGCAGACGUGGACCUCAUGAUCGACUGCUUUGUCUCUUGUUUCCGCAUCAAUCCCCACAACAACCAGCAUUUUAAGGUCUGCCUGGCGUCAUCCUCCCCUCCCACAUUCCACUUCGUCCUGGUCAACUCCCUACACAGAAUCAUCACCAAUUCUCCAUUGGACUGGUGGCCUAAGAUUGAUGCGGUGUACUGCUACUCAGGAGAGCUGAGGAUCAUGGUUUCUGAGACGCUGGGUCACGUGAUGAGGGGCUGCAGUACGCACGCUCCCCUCCGCAUGACUCCGAGUCUGACCUUCAAGGAGAAGAUGACCAGUCUGAAGUUCAAGGAGAAGACCACAGACCUGGACACGCGUAGCCACAAGUACCUUCUGCUGGCUCUCGUCAAGCUCAUCCAUGCUGACCCCAAACUCAUGCUACAUAACCCGGGUAAGCAGGGUCAGGAGAUCCAGAGCAGCACAGCAGAGCUGAUCACCGGCUUGGUGCAGCUGGUGCCUCUGGCCAACAUGGGAGAGUGUUCACAGGAGGCCAUGGAGGCCCUCUUGGUCCUGCAUCAACCUGAGGCCAUAGAGCUGUGGAACCCAGAUGCUCCCAUUGAAACCUUCUGGGACAUCAGUUCCCAGGUGCUCUUCUUCAUCUGUAAGAAGCUGGUUGGCCACCAGAUGAUCAACAGUACAGAGAUCCUUAAGUGGCUGAGGGAGAUCCUCAUCUGCAGGAACAAGUUCCUCCUCAGGAACAAGGAGCGGGCCACGGUGGGCAGCGGCAUCCCGAUCUGCAGACAGGCCCAGACCAAGCUGGAGGUGUGUCUCUACAUGUUCCUGUGGAGCCCUGACAUGGAGGCCGUUCUGGUGGCCAUGUCCUGCUUCAGACACCUGUGUGAGGAGGCUGAGGUCCGCUGUGGCGUGGACGAGGUCCCGGUCCAGACCAUCCUGCCCAACUACAACACCUUCAUCGAGUUUGCCUCCGUCAGCAACAUGAUGUCCACAGGCCGGUCAGCCCUGCAGAAGAGAGUGAUGGCUCUGUUGAGGAGGAUCGAACAUCCUACUGCAGGAAACACAGAAGCAUGGGAAGACACGCAUGCAAAAUGGGAGCAGGCGACCAAAUUAAUCCUCACCCAUCCCAAAACUAAGCUAGAGGAUGGCCAGGAGUGGAUCAACAUGACUGGCUUCCUGUGUGCUCUGGGAGGUGUGUGUCUGCAGCAGCGCAGCGCCCCAGGCCUGGCCACCUACAGCCCCCCCAUGGGGCCUCUCAGUGAGAGGAAGGGCUCCAUGAUCUCCAUGGGCUCCUGUGAGGGGAACACGGAGACGCCCCUGGGCCGCUUCCUGGACCGCCUGCUGUCCCUCAUGGUUUGCAGCCAUGAAAAGGGUGUUCAGAUCCGGACCAAUGUUAAGGAUCUGGUGGGCCUGGAGCUCAGCCCAGCUCUCUACCCCAUGCUCUUCAACAAACUGAAGAACAGCAUCAGCCGCUUCUUCGACGCACAGGGGCCGGUUCCCAUCAAUGACACUAACACCCAGUUUGUGGAGCAGACCAUUGCCAUCAUGAAGAACCUACUGGACAACAACACUGAGGGCAGCUCAGAGCACCUGGGACAGGCCAGCAUAGAGACCAUGAUGCUCAACCUGGUCAGGUACGUGCGUAUCCUGGGCAACAUGGUGCAUGCCAUCCAGAUGAAGACCAAGCUGUGCCAGCUGGUGGAGGUGAUGAUGGAGAGACGAGACGACCUGUCCUUCUGCCAAGAGAUGAAGUUCAGGAAUAAGAUGGUGGAGUACCUAACAGACUGGGUGAUGGGCACCUCAAACCAGGCGGCUGAUGAUGAUGUCAAGUGUCUUACCAGGGACCUGGACCAGGCCAGUAUGGAGGCGGUGGUGUCUCUGCUAGCUGGCCUGCCCCUCCAGCCUGAGGAGGGAGAUGGAGUGGAACUGAUGGAGGCCAAGUCCCAGCUCUUCCUCAAGUACUUCACCCUGUUCAUGAACCUGCUGAAUGACUGCAGUGAGGUGGAGGAUGAUGGGCAGCAGGUGGCAGGGAGGAAGAGGGGCAUGUCUCGACGCCUGGCCUCCCUCAGACACUGCACCGUCCUGGCCAUGUCCAACCUCCUCAACGCCAACGUGGACAGUGGCCUCAUGCACUCCAUUGGUCUGGGCUACCAUAAGGACCUGCAGACGAGGGCCACCUUCAUGGAGGUGCUGACUAAGAUCCUGCAGCAGGGGACAGAGUUUGACACACUGGCAGAGACAGUGCUUGCUGACCGUUUUGAGAGGCUGGUGGAGCUGGUCACCAUGAUGGGAGACCAGGGAGAGCUGCCUAUUGCGAUGGCUCUGGCCAACGUAGUGCCCUGCUCCCAAUGGGAUGAGCUGGCGCGGGUGCUGGUGACUCUGUUUGACUCACGCCACCUCCUCUACCAGCUGCUGUGGAACAUGUUCUCCAAGGAGGUGGAGCUUGCUGACUCCAUGCAGACACUUUUCAGAGGAAACAGUCUAGCCAGUAAAAUCAUGACCUUCUGCUUUAAGGUGUAUGGGGCCACAUACCUGCAGAAGCUUCUAGAGCCUCUUCUCAGAGGGGUCAUCACCGCCCCAGAGUGGCAGCUCAUCAGCUUCGAGGUGGACCCCACCAGGCUGGAGCAGAGUGAGAUCCUGGAGGAGAACCAGAGGAACCUGCUGCAGAUCACCAACCGUUUCUUCCUGGCCAUCAUCAACUCCUCCACAGAGUUCCCCCCUCAGCUGCGCAGUGUCUGUCACUGCCUGUUCCAGGCAACUUGCCACUCUCUACUGAAUAAAGCCACAGUUAAAGAGAAAAAGGAAAGCAAAAAAGCAGUGGUCAGCCAGCGUUUCCCCCAGAACAGCAUAGGGGCGGUGGGCAGUGCCAUGUUCCUACGUUUUAUCAACCCUGCCAUAGUGUCGCCCUAUGAGGCAGGCAUCCUGGAUAAGAAACCUCCUCCCAGGAUUGAGAGGGGCCUUAAGCUCAUGUCCAAGAUCCAGCAGAGCAUUGCCAACCAUGUUGUAUUCACCAAAGAGGAGCACAUGAGGCCUUUUAAUGACUUUGUCAAAAGCAACUUUGAUGCAGCUAGAAGGUUUUUCCUGGACAUCGCAUCAGACUGCCCUGCCAGUGACUCAGUCAACCACAGCCUGUCCUUCAUCAGUGAUGGCAACGUUCUGGCCCUGCACCGGCUGCUGUGGAACAACCAGGAAAAGAUAGGACAGUACCUCUCUAGCAACAGGGAUCAUAAGGCAGUGGGAAGACGGCCUUUUGACAAGAUGGCCACCCUCCUGGCCUACCUGGGGCCCCCAGAGCACAAACCUGUGGCUGACACCCACUGGUCCAGCCUCAACCUCACCAGCUCCAAGUUCGAGGAGUUUAUGACAAGACACCAGGUACAUGAGAAAGAUGAGUUCAAAGCCCUGAAGACCCUCAACAUCUUCUACCAGGCUGGCACCUCCAAGAACGGCAACCCUGUCUUCUACUACAUCACACGCAGAUUUAAGACUGGCCAGAUCAAUGGUGAUCUCCUCAUCUACCACGUGCUGCUGACCCUGAAGCCCUACUACGCCAAGCCCUAUGAGAUCGUUGUGGACCUGACCCACGCCGGACCCAGCAACCGCUUCAAGACCGACUUCCUGUCCAAGUGGUUCGUGGUGUUCCCGGGCUUCGCCUACGAGAAUGUGGCGGCCAUCUACAUCUACAACUGCAACACGUGGGUGAGGGAGUACACCAAGUAUCACGAGAGGUUGCUGACAGGCCUGAAGGGGAGCAAGAAGCUGCUGUUCAUUGACUCCCCYGCGCGGCUAGCGGAGCACGUGGAGCCUGACCAGCAGAAGCUGCCUGCGGCCACGCUAGCCCUGGAGGAGGACCUCAAGGUGUURCACAACGCCCUCAAACUGGCCCACAAGGAUACCAAGGUCUCCAUCAAGGUGGGUUCCACAGCGGUCCAGGUGACAUCAGCAGAGCGGACCCGGGUCCUGGGCCAGUCGGUCUUCCUGAACGACAUCUACUACGCCUCGGAGAUCGAGGAGAUCUGCCUGGUGGACGAGAACCAGUUCACCCUGACCAUUGCCAACCAAGGCACACCGCUCACCUUCAUGCACCAGGAGUGUGAGGCCAUCGUCCACUCCAUCAUCCACAUCAGGACGCGCUGGGAGCUGUCCCAGCCAGACUCCAUCCCCCAGCACACCAAGAUCAGGCCCAAAGACGUGCCAGGCACCCUGCUCAACAUCGCCCUGCUCAACRUGGGCAGCUCUGACCCCAGCCUCAGGUCUGCAGCCUACAACCUGCUGUGUGCCUUAACCUGCACCUUCAACCUGAAGAUAGAAGGCCAGCUGCUGGAGACCUCAGGGCUGUGUAUCCCUGCCAACAACACGCUUUUCAUAGUGUCCAUCAGCAAGACGCUGGCCGCCAACGAACCACACCUCACCCUGGAGUUCCUGGAGGAGUGCAUCUCUGGCUUCAGCAAAUCCAGUAUUGAGCUGAAGCACCUGUGUCUGGAGUACAUGACCCCCUGGCUGCUCAACCUGGUGAGGUUCUGUAAGCACAACGACGACGCCAAGCGCCAGCGGGUCACUGCCAUCCUGGACAAGCUCAUCACCAUGACCAUCAACGAGAAGCAGAUGUACCCCUCUAUCCAGGCUAAGAUCUGGGGUAGUCUGGGACAGAUAACGGACCUGCUGGACGUGGUGCUGGACAGCUUCAUCAAGACCAGCGCUACAGGAGGCCUGGGAUCUAUCAAGGCUGAGGUGAUGGCCGACACGGCUGUGGCUCUGGCCUCAGGGAACGUCAAGUUGGUGUCCAGCAAGGUGAUCAUCCGCAUGUGUAAGAUCAUCGAUAAGACGUGUCUGUCUCCCACGCCCACCCUGGAGCAGCACCUGAUGUGGGAUGACAUCGCCAUCCUGGCCCGUUACAUGCUCAUGCUGUCCUUCAACAACUCUCUGGACGUGGCCACUCACCUGCCCUACCUGUUCCAUGUGGUCACUCUGCUGGUGGCCACCGGUCCCCUGUCCCUACGAGCCUCCACACACGGCCUGGUCAUCAACAUAAUCCACUCCCUCUGUACCUGCUCCCAGCUCAACUUCAGCGAGGAGACCAAGCAGGUCCUGAGGCUGAGCCUGACAGAGUURUCCCUGCCUAAGUUCUACCUGCUGUUUGGCAUCAGUAAGGUCAAGUCUGCUGCGGUCAUCGCCUUCCGCUCCAGCUACCGCGACCGCUCCUUCUCCCCCGGGUCCUACGAGAGGGAGACCUUCGCCCUCUCCUCCCUAGAGACCGUCACUGAGGCCCUGCUGGAGAUCAUGGAGGCCUGUAUGAGGGACAUUCCUAGCUGUAAGUGGCUGGACCAGUGGACAGAGCUGGCUCAGAGGUUUGCGUUCCAGUACAACCCGUCCCUGCAGCCCAGAGCCCUGGUGGUGUUUGGCUGCAUCAGUAAGAGGGUGACCCACGGCCAGAUCAAACAGAUCAUCAGGAUCCUCAGCAAGGCCAGCCCCCUGCUCAGCAUAGACCGGGGUCUGGAGAGCUGUCUAAAGGGACCUGAUAACUACAACAGCCAGGUGUUAAUAGAAGCCACAGUCAUUGCUCUCACCAAGCUACAGCCGCUCCUCAACAAGGACUCCCCCAUGCACAAGGCUCUGUUCUGGGUGGCCGUGGCUGUGCUCCAGCUGGAUGAGGUCAACCUCUACUCUGCCGGCACCGCUCUGCUGGAGCAGAACCUCCACACACUGGACAGCCUCAGGGUCUUCAAUGACAAGAGUCCAGAGGAGGUGUUUAUGGAGAUCAGGAAGCCUCUGGAGUGGCACUGUAAACAGAUGGACCACUUCGUGGGCCUCAACUUCAACUCCAACUUCAACUUUGCACUAGUGGGUCAUCUGUUGAAAGGGUACAGACACCCCUCCCCCAACACAGUGGCGCGGACCAUCCGGAUCCUCCACACACUGCUGGCCUUGGUGGGAAAACACCUCAACUGUGACAAGUUUGAGGUGAACACCCAGAGUGUGGCCUACCUGGCAGCUCUCCUCACUGUCUCAGAGGAGGUCCGGAGCCGCUGUAGCCUCAAGCACAGAAAGUCCCUGCUCCUCUCAGACGUUACCAUGGAGAAUGUUCCCAUGGACACGUACUCUGUGCACCACAGCGACCCCAGCUGCCGAACUCUUAGGGAGAGUCAGCCGUGGACGUCCCCCAAGGUGUCGGAGCGCUACUUAGUGGUCCACUACCCCACGGGGGGGCAGAUCAGCCCGCGCACACGGAAGUCCAUGAGCCUGGACAUGGGCCAGCCUUCCCAAGCAAACACUAAGAAACUGCUGGGCACUAGGAAGAGUUUUGAUCACUUGAUAUCAGACAGUAAAGCACCAAAGAGGCCAGAGAUGGAGUCUGGAAUCACCACGCCUCCAAAGAUGAGGAGGGUGGCGGAGAACGAUUAUGAGUGUCCAGAAUCGACCCAAAGAAUCUCCCACCAUACCCUGAGGAAGGUGUCUGUGUCAGAGUCCAACGUGCUGCUGGAUGAGGAGGUCCUCACAGACCCCAAGAUCCAGGCUCUGCUGCUCACUGUCCUGGCUACGUUGGUGAAGAAUACAACAGAUGAGUUUGACCAGAGAAUCCUCUACGAGUUUUUAGCUGAAGCUAGUGUUGUCUUCCCUAAAGUCUUUCCAGUUGUUCAUAACCUGCUGGACUCAAAGAUCAACACCCUCCUAUCACUGUGCCAGGACCCUAACCUCCUAAACCCCAUCCAUGGCAUCGUGCAGAGUAUGGUAUACCACGAGGAGUCACCCCCCCUGUACCAGCCCUCCUACCUGCAGAGCUUUGGGUUUAACGGUCUAUGGAGAUUCGCUGGGCCCUUCUCAAAGCAAACCCAGUUCCCAGACUACGCUGAGCUGAUAGUGAAGUUCCUGGAUGCUUUGAUUGACACGUAUCUGCCGGGGAUCGACGAGGAGACGAGCGAGGAGUGUCUGCGUACGCCCACGUCGCCCUACCCCCCGCCGGUCCAGAGCCAGCUCAGCAUCACAGCCAACCUCAACCUCUCCAACUCCAUGACCUCACUGGCCACCUCCCAGCACUCCCCAGCUUCUCUGCCUUGCUCUAAGUCUGCCGUUUUCACCCCACACCUCGUCCGGCCAGGUAUUACAGCCCCUCGUCCCCAUGCUGCUCCUCACUCCCAGGCACARGACACAGCCUCUCAGAGGCAUCGACAAGGAGAACGUGGAGCUCUCUCCGACCACGGGUCACAGCAACAGCGGACGUACACGCCAUGGUUCUGCCAGCCAGGUGCAGAAACAGCGCAGUGCAGGCAGCUUCAAACGGCCCAGCAUCAAGAAGAUCGUAUGAGAGAUGCCCACCACUAGGACCACCCUACCAGGGCCGCCCACGCCAGUCAUCAUGCUGCACUUCUACUCCAACUCCUGUCUUAUCGAUCUCUCUCUUUCUCUCUCUCUCUCUCAGCCUUGAUUCUCCUCAGUUUCCUUAUGUUGUUUUUUGCGUGUUUCUUUUACCCUAACCUGUCCAGUCAGCCAUAUUUGCUUGACGAUCAACAUAUAUUUAAGAACUGUCUGAAUAUGAUGCGUUGUUUUGUUUGUGAAGCAGUCAGUGUCUGAGUCUGGCGUUGUUUCGUUUGGUCUUUUUGUGUCACAUAAUGAGCUACAUUGGAAUCGUUUUUUAAAAACAGCAUUAAUUGAAAGAAAGCACUGACAUUGACAACACAGCAGAAACAGUAGGGAUCAUAGUAUCUGAAGCCAUUUUGUUGUCUUGGUUGAAUUUUCUAUCAUAAUGACAAAGUAUUAUGAGAACCAUUUCUGUGAUUUGCACAACGUUCUGUAAUUCAACAUGCAUGUACAUUUGUUUGUUUUUUGCCUUUAAGUGUUGUUAGAAGGACAUUUUUCUUCAAGCUGAGAGAGCUUUGACAAUUGGGCUGAACUAGAUCAAAGUAUAAGCUGCAAAUGUCUCUCAUUGAGACAUGGACAUGACAAUAGAGAUUGGACCUUGGGACCCAGUGUUGAGGAAAGGGAUCCCUCUCACCCACCAUCACUGCAGAGGGAGAGCACUACCCUGAAACACACACACACUGUUCUGGAGGAAAUCACUGAAAGCACUAAAACCAUCCUGUAUUUGCAACAUCUGUGAAAAGCAUGGCCAAUAACAGACAUUAGUGGUUUACUGUGCUGUGGAGGUGGGGGCUGGAUGAUCAAUUUGCUCUGUUUGAGCUUUGUCAGACACAAUCCAAUGAUGGCCAAGCCAUGUGUCUUCAUUGGUUAUUGAUUGUCCAAGCUGUGGAGAUUCCUCUUGAUUAGGCAGUAUUUUUAUUCUCACAUGAUGGAGUGCCAGAGAGGGUCAACUAGACAGGCCACUCUGGUGUUGGAGGACAGCAGCCCUGCAGGUUUCAGAACUUAAGCUUUUAAUCAGCACGCUGUUCACGUUUCACAACACUAUGUCAGGGAAAGUUGGGAAGGAAAAUCUGGAGGAAAAACAGGAAUAGACCAUGUCCUCUUAUGUUGGAAUGGACAUUGAAAAUCCGCCUUAGCUUUGAGACUUGAAAUGUAUAAUAUUGGUAGUCUCAGUUGUAAUUGUCUCAUUCUUGCCCACACUUACUGUAAACACAUAUAUAUAUAUAUAUAUAUAUAUAUAUAUAUAUAUAUAUGCACACACAACACACACUUGGGAGGUUGUUUUGUUCAUUGUGUGCCUUUUCUAGGGUUUUUGUGUGUGUGUACCGUAUAUAUACAGUACCAGUCAAGUUUGAACUCACCUACUCAUUCAAGGGUUU